GUCAUCCAGCGCCUCGCUCAGGAAAUUCGAACACAAGAGCCUUCGGCGAGCGACACGCAUCUCUCUGAUCCAAGGUCACGCCGAGCCGGCAUCUUGCACGCGCGCGCGCACACACGCCACCACCCCACCUCAAAAGUGAACAGUCAGCGUUGAGGUGGGCCAGUGAUGCCGCCCCCGUCCACAAGUUCCCCCGCCGCGCCUCCGCCGGACGGCGGUUGGGGGUGGGCCGUGGUGCUGGCGUCUUUCAUCUCCAUCGGCUUCUCGUACGCUUUCCCCAAGGCCAUCACCGUCUACUUCAAAGACAUCCAGAUCAUCUUUGAUUGUUCCUACAGUCAGAUCGCAUGGAUCUCCUCCAUCAUGCUAGCGGUCAUGUAUGCUGCAGGUCCCAUCAGCAGUAUACUGGUCAACACUUACGGCUGCAGGCCCGUCGUCAUGAUGGGCGGCUGUCUCUGUGCCACUGGCAUGAUCCUAUCUUCCAUCUGUAACAGCGUGGUGCAGCUUUACCUCUGCAUAGGAGUUAUAGGUGGACUUGGACUAGCCUUCAACCUGCAGCCGGCCCUCACUAUGAUAGGCAGAUACUUCUGCAAGAAGCGUCCCAUUGCCAACGGACUGGCGAUGGCGGGCAGUCCGGUGUUCCUCAGCACCUUGGCUCCUCUCAACCAGUACCUCUUCAACCAUUUCGGCUGGAGAGGCAGCUUCCUCAUACUGGGUGGCCUGCUGUUGAACUGCUGCGUGGCCGGGUCCCUCAUGAGGCCUCUGGGGCCGCCACAAGGCAAGCUGAAGAAGGACGAAGAGUUGGCCGCCAUUACCACCUCCACGAAGGAGAAGCAAACUGCCUGGCAAGUAUUUAACAAGUACCUGGACCUGUCGCUCUUCAAGCAUCGCGGCUUCCUCGUUUACCUCUCGGGCAAUGUCAUCAUGUUCCUGGGCUUCUUUGCGCCCAUCGUCUUCCUUGCGGCCUACGCUAAGGACAUGGGCGUGGACGAGUACUCUGCUGCCUUCCUGCUCUCAAUUCUGGCUUUCGUGGACAUGUUUGCCAGGCCCUCCAUGGGGCUACUGGCCAACUCGCGCUGGGUCCGGCCCCACAUCCAGUACUUCUUCAGCUUUGCAGUGCUGUACAACGGAGUGUGCCACAUCCUCUGCCCGCUGGUGGAAAGCUACACCGGUCUGGUGGUGUAUGCCAUGUUCUUCGGCUUCGCUUUCGGCAUGGUCAGCUCCGUGCUGUUUGAAACGCUGAUGGACCUUGUCGGGCCUCAGAGGUUUUCCAGCGCUGUGGGACUCACCACCAUUGUGGAGUGCUGUCCGGUCCUCAUCGGUCCACCUCUAGCAGGGAAACUCGUCGAUCUCACAAAAAACUACAAGUACAUGUACUUUUGCUGUGGAGCUGUAGUGAUUCUGGCCAGUAUUUGGCUCUUCAUCGGGAACUUCAUUAACUACAGGCUCCUGGAGCGCGAGCGCAAGAGUGCAGAGAUGUACAAACCCACGGAGACCGAAGAUCCAGACAAAGCCGUGGAUCAGAAGGCGGCCGACGGGGAAGCCCAGGCGUCGGAGGAAAAGGGCGACGAACCUAUGCAACGGGAAACCAACAUCUAGAACCCUCCUCACUGCCAACAGCUCAACCUCCCCACUGCGACGACCUCGCAACACACUCCACUACGAUCGAAGCGGGCCAAGCCUAGAGGUGCCUCUAUUUGAGGUCCCGUGCACUUCUGUGAAACUGCAACUGCCAAAAGGAACAACUGCAGGAAGCUGUGAGGCUCAAUAUCUGUUUUGUCAAAGAGCUGCGACUAGAACAGGAAUGUUAACCACAGAGAAAUGUUUGAUGAGAUAUUGCAUGCAUAUGGGGAAACCAAGUCAGAAAACUGAAUGGAAAACAGUGUAGUACUAACUUUUAAUAUGUGUUUUGCCGCGUUCACCUCAUGUCGGAUUUACUGUCAAAAGUAAUUUGUAUCCAAACCCGAGAGCUAACACACCACGAACGUUACAGAUGAUUCGAAAAAUUGAGUUUUCCGGCUGAUAUGAGUUAGUCAUAUGUCCCAACUAGUUCAAGUAACAUUCCUAUAUGACGUGAAUGCAGCAUCAGCGCGCCGCCAAACCGGACCAGCACCAGCAAAAUUCACGCUCCAGUCUGAAUGGUCUCUCUUCUUCACACACAACACAACCAAUAUUUGGUAGUCAAGGACAGGUUGAAUCAUAGAGAGGAAAGCACUGCACAGACUUUUCAGAGGUCAGGUGUUGGAUGAUAACCGCAGCAAGUUUCAGUUCCUUGAAGAUGUUUUUGAGAAACACUGAAUCCUAACUGUGCAUUCACACCACGAGUAACUUGAUUUCCGAGCAUUUUUUGAAGAUUGUUGGAAUAUCCAGUAGUCCUUCACAUUAAAGUGGCUGCAUUUGACAGAUGGGAACGUAAUUGAAAUCAUAUCAACAGGGAACAAAAUAGGAUCGGAAAUCUGCCUUGAUAACGCCAGUUUGUUGAGCCUAAACAGUUUGGCUGAUUUUCCUCGGGUCGGUCAGCUCCGCACGAUGCAAAAAACUCCAGUUGAUGUUGUUGCCCGCAGGGUGAAUGCAGCGUAAGGAAUCCCAGUGCACCAGGAAAUGGUUGAUCCAUCUGCUGGUAUGUUUCAAGCAAGAGCUCCAAAUCCUAAUUGCACUGUGUUUUUUAAAAUGACAUUGGGGUGCCAUAAAAUUCACGCUUCCAAAAAUAAUGAACAGAUGUUUUCACAGCUGGUGAUGCCGUUGCCCGUGUAUGAUGCUGCCUGCCUUUGCACUGUUACGUUGUGUAGUGAAACCUGCGCAAAUGUCCCACUUUAAUACUUCCGAUCAAGUUAUAAAAGGCUCCCUGCACGUCGUCGAUUGUUCCAUAUUGCACUCGUAUAAAGUAUGCUGAAAGAGAAAUGGCCCCAAACAACUUUUGAGAAAAAUGCUACAAUUAAACGAGUUUAACUGUGGUUGAAUGUAAUUUCCUCUGUGAGCCUUAACAAGGUAAUAAUGACCAAAAAAACAUCUGCAUAACACUGGCAUUUCUACAAACAGAGCCCAUCAGCAAUAUAAUUCCUCAUAUUGUAAUGCAGAUAUACAGGGAACGGUGUUUCCUGUGCGCGACACUCCAUUGUGCAAUACAUUGCCUUAAAUGUAAUGUGAAAAAUGCAGGGGUAUGUACGGGGAAUUAUAUUAUACGAACCUUUGUGUGUAAAUGUGACCCACCUUUUAUGCUGUGAAUAACUUUAAUAUGAGAAACCAGUGUUGUGUCCUCCGCUUGUCUCCCAACAUGUCUGUAUAAAUGUUUCUGUAAUGUUGUUCUGUAACUAACUCACUGUAAUCCACAUCAGAAUGGUAAUAUUAUGAAGAAAUGCUACGGAUGCUACUAAUCACUAAAUGCUAAUGAACCUUAUUGUGUUUAAA